CUCUGGCCCGCUCACACGUUCAAGGCCCACAUGACACUUCGCCACUUCGCCAGGCGGGGAAAAGCCCAACUUCUAACUCCCUCCCCGCUGAAACGUCGAGUACCCACCGCCGGCCACGAAUUUGCGGCGGCGGCGACAAGGCAAGAUGCUAUCCCGCGCCCGCCGCCUCCACCCCGCCCUCCGCCGCCUCCUCCGCGCAAGUGCUGCACCCUCACCUGUUCCUCCACCUCACAACCUAACCUCUCAAAUCCCUAAACCCUUCCCGCUUCUUCGCCGCCACCUCUCGUCCCCACCGCCGCCGCCGCCGACGGCGUCUCUACCUCCUGCUGUGGUGUCUUCUGACCUCCCAGCUGUUAGCGCGAAUGGCACCUGCCCUGGCUGUGGCAUCGCCAUGCAGUCUGCCGACCCGGCGCUCCCGGGCUUCUUCAACCUCCCAUCCCCGAAGUCCCCCGACUACCGCGCGCGCCUCGCGCCCGUUACCGCCGACGACACCCAAAUCUCGACCUCUCUGAAAAGCGGACAUCUCCGGGAGGGUCAAGAGAACUCGAGAGGGGACGAGGCGGCGGGGGUGGAGGUGGAGGCCAAGAGGGAGAGCAAGGUUUUGGUGUGCGCUCGGUGCCACUCGCUGCGCCACUACGGCCACGUCAAGCGCCCCGACGCCGAGGUCCUGCUCCCGGACUUCGACUUCGUCGCUGCCGUCGGCCCGCGCCUCGCGUCGCCGUCGGGGGCCAGGUCCCUGGUUCUGCUCCUGGCGGACGCGUCAGACUUCGAUGGCUCCUUCCCGCGCGCCGUGGCGCGCCUGGUCGCGGCCGCCGGCGAGGCUCACCAGGAGGACUGGAAGCGGGGUGCGCCAGCUAACCUCCCCCGCGCAGUGCUGGUCGUCACGAAGCUCGACUUGCUCCCGACGCCGUCGCUGUCCCCUGACGAUGUUCACGCCUGGGCUCAGGCCCGCGCCCGUGCCGGCGCUGGUGCUGACCUGCAGCUUGCCGGCGUGCAUCUUGUCAGCGCCGCGCGAGGGUGGGGUGUGCGUGACCUGCUCAACCACGUUCGCGAGCUUGCCGGGGCUCGCGGCAAGGUCUGGGCUGUUGGCGCACGGAACGUGGGCAAGUCGACGCUGCUCAACGCCAUUGCUCGGUGCUCUGGGGCAGAAGGCGGGAAAAUCUUGACAGAGGCGCCGGUUCCGGGAACAACCCUUGGGGUCAUCCGGGUGGAUGGCAUUCUUGGUGCUCAAGCGAAGCUGUUUGACACUCCUGGCCUGCUUCAUGGGCACCAGCUGACUUCGAGACUUACACUGGAGGAGCAGAAGAUCGUUCAAGUGAGGAAGGAGAUGCAGCCAAGGACUUACAGAAUAAAGGCAGGGCAAUCCAUACAUAUAGGAGGACUGGUGCGCCUUGAUAUUGAAGAGUUAACUGUAGGAUCAAUCUAUGUUACAGUAUGGGCUUCGCCACUUGUGCCACUUCACAUGGGGAAGACCGAAAAUGCAGCCUCUAUGAUGAAAGAUCAUUUUGGCUUGCAACUUCAGCCUCCUAUAGGGCAGAAACGGGUGAGCGAGCUUGGGAAAUGGGUGAGGAAACAGUUCAAAGUUUCUGGCAAUAGUUGGGAUUCAAAUUCUAUGGAUAUAGCCAUUUCUGGUCUUGGCUGGUACGGAAUCGGGCUGAAGGGAGAGUCGGUGUUGGGGUUAUGGACAUAUGAUGGCGUUGAUGUUGUCCCCAGGAGCUCCCUCGUGCAUGAAAGGGCAUCCAUCUUUGAGGAACCCGGAUUCUCGGUCUCGAAGAUCGUCUCGCAGGCAGAUAGCAUGACAAAUAAGGUGAAAAGCAGCAAGAAAGCAAACAAGAAGGAGAGCAAAGCCAGUUCAUGUCCUGCUGCAGCACCAGAACCUGCUACUGUCAUAGAUGCUUGAGUGUUUCAUUUCAUUCUGUGAUGGGACUUUCAGUUAGUUGACCAUGUCCUGCCACAGAGACAUAGGUUGUACAAUGUAUACUGGCAUUGGGGGCCUGUUAUUCCUGGAAAACAAAUUGUGGGAGUAUGGGGGCCUUUUUAACUUGGUCUGGACUCGUUAAUAAUAAACACUGAUAUCAGUCAAAUGAUAGUUUGCUUUUGCUAGUAUGCAACCAUAAGAGUCCAGAUUGGAAAGUCGGCAAAAGAUGACCUGAUAGGCUGUUCUCUCUGAACUUCUUUCAAAAUCCAUGUAUCUAACGUCUUCUGUAAAAUCAAACUUGCUGAUCCUGAGAUAGUCUGUUUUACAUUUGAAUCGUGUGACAAAGUUUUGCACUGGAGUUGUAUAACCUUUUACAUUGAAGUUGUAAUAUCUGAAUUCGGAUAUGGAAUUUAUGCAAUUUGCAUCUGA